UUUCCAAUAACAUCUCGCGCUCUUAAAUGUUUAGUAAAUAUGACCUCUCUUUACUUCUUCGUCAUGGAUUGUGAAAUUCAGGAAAGCUCUUGUAUUUCAUUAACAUAUUGCACUAUAAUAGAAUUGUGUGGAUUGAUAAAUGUCUGUGUUAGUCAUACGUCUUAUCUUAUGGGUGACACAUCACUGUCACCUAUCAGUUGUGGGAAGUGACUCAUUGCAGUCAUGUGGUUCCUUGGUCAUGUGGGACAUUGUUCCACAAUGAAAGUGAGCAGGAAAAAAAAGUGUCUGCUUGUGAGUCAUGUCAUUAUCCUAGCUUUGCUUCUUAAUAUUAAACAUUACCACAACUCUGUGUUGGAAAGCAGAGUAAUAAUCAGAAAUAGACCAGCCUAGCUAACAAUACGCUUCCAUUAAUAAACUGGACUGUCAACAGCCACGGAAAAGAAAUCAGAGCAGCAACUGGCUGUUACAUGAGGAGUCAUAUAACCAGUGUCGUGUGACUGUAAUGUCACAGUUAUUAUAGUUUUUUAAAAAUCUUCUUGCUCAUAGUGUUUAGCUUGUGGUGUUUGUUGGCUCCCCGCUUGAAACUAGUGAGUUAGCAUUCUAAUUUAUCACUUUAGAAGCAGCGUUGACUAUAUUGUAUAGCUUUAAAUCUGUUUUACAAUCUAUAUGACCUACUUUUUUCAACUUGAACUUUGGUUUGAUGCAGAAUUAUGUUGAGAGUCUUUCCUUUUGAUUUCCUGUAAUUCAAUAGUGGACGGUAAAAAUAUUUGUUGGAGGAAGGAGCAGCGAAACAUUAGACGGACGGCAGUCACAGGAAGUGCAGUCCAGAGUGAGUGAGCCAAAGCAGAUGUAACAGUUCACCAGACAUUCAGUGAAAGAAGCCUCAUGUGGGACUGCCUUCUUCAAGCUGUUUUGUUUUUCUUCCGUUUAAAAGAGUAAUCGAGAGUGAAACCGAUAUAGAGGGCAGCCGUUUGAUAUUGACGUGAUUAUUCAUGUUUUACUGUGAUUUUGUUUUCUGUAAGGGGAUCUGCUCUGGUUUUAAAAUUGCUCAUUUGGGUCAAGUGUCCAAACAGAACCACUGGCCCCCUCUGACUUAAAGCUGAGAUGAGCCUGGAGUGGAAUGUAGGUUGUCACCAGAGCUAUUUUGGCAAUGUCCAGUCGCUAAUGAUUGUGAUCACAGCCGAGUGCGCAGCAGUUGCUUUACUUGUUUCUUUUUCCUACCAGCAAGUUUGAUCAUGCAGCUCUUCCAGGCGCUCCAGGGAUUAGGGAGUUAAACAAAUGGCGCGUCGGCUCCGCUUGCAUUUUGCGUCAAGGAGAAGCAACACGGACCCCCUGUCACAAAGCCUGAGCAGCCAUGAUGAGGAGAGCGGAGUUGGUGUGUCUGUACGUAGUCCCACACAGAGUCUGGCGCACAGUUCUGUCCACUUGAAGGUGACUCCUCUGUCACCAGACUUUGCCAACAGUCAGUACUCUUCAGUUUUCAUACCGAGAGUUAACGCUGAAGGGUGUAAUACGAAGAGCGUUCUACAAAUCUCACUGCAGCCCUGUGGAAAGCUCAGUGGAGAGCAGGAUGGCAGCCUAGAGGAUGCAGACCCUGGGGUUAAUGAAGGUGGAGGAGGGUCAUGCCAAAGCAGCAUGGCCAGUGAUGCUGGUUACUGCAGCAGCAACAGCAUCUUUGAACCGGAGCCUCCGGAGAAGCACAAGACCAACCACGAGAGGACUCGACUUUCCUGGAGAAACAGAGUCCCACUGCGGCGGUGUUCCUCUUUGGUUAUAUUUCCAAAAAGCCCCUGUAGCACUCCACCUGCCUCCCCUGUGAAUUCAGGAGCUUUGCCUCCUCUCCUGCCAGCAAGAGGAUCUAAUCAUUCAACUCCUCAGACAUCCACCAGUGAAUUUGCGCAAGACGACGAGGAAGUGACUUACAAAGGGUCCACCACAGCUGCGGUCAGUUGCCACAGUCAGCCAAGAGGAAACUGCUCAGCAGCUGAGGACUCGAAGCACACGGUGCACUUUAAUCUGCCUGUACAAGAUGAACUGCAGUCCACAGCUGAGGGCAGGAAUGCAGUCGCAGAAGUCUCAUCAGCUCCAGACAGGUCUAAUCGCCAUUCAAGUAGUUUACUGCUGCAUUUUACCCACCAAAGUCCACAGGUCUCAACAAAAGGAGCCCCCAGUAAGGAUGCAAAAGUGGAAUAUCCCGAGGCUCAUUACUCUACUAAUUGUGCUGGGCAUGUGCACGAUGGUAGAAAAAAACUGUAUCGCAGCACCUCUGCUUGUUUGCUUUCCUCUACGAAACCAUCAGCGAAAACACAGAAACCCUGUUUAACAGGGGAUGGCCAAGCCAGGUCUGAGGACGGUCGCAGUCACCGUGCCGUACAAAGAAGUUUUUCCCUCGAGGUGCCGUACCCUAACACCGAAAUUUCAUGUCAUGUUUCAAAGCCGAAGCUCAGCAGCCCUUAUUCCCCCCAUGUGCAUAUUCAUUUGUCGCCCUGUUGCCCCACAAAGUUACCCAGCUCUACCAAUGAUGUAAACAAAAGCCAUAAACGGAAUAAUGAAACAAAGAGUUCAGGUCAGAACACCAAGACACGUGAUGACUUCCUGGGACAAGUGGAUAUUCCUUUAAAUCAGAUACCGACAGAAAAUCCUAAUCCAGACAGGCAAUACACAUUCAAGGAUUUUCUGCUCCACCCUCGAAGCCAUAAGUCUCGAGUCAAAGGAUAUCUGCGACUCAGAAUGACCUACCUGCCAAAUGAUUCAGGGGAGGAAGGAACUGACCAGACUGACAACAACGAUCAACCUGACUGGGAGUUUCUGGAGGCUCAAGACACGUCAGGUCCUCGACAAAGUCAGAUGCUGCUUCCUUUGCCCCCAGGCUGGGAAGAGCGACAGGACAAUUUGGGAAGAAUUUACUAUGUCAAUCACGAAACCAGAACCACACAGUGGCACCGACCCACAAUACAAGAAAGCCAAACCAGACGGAGCUUCCAUGGAGAGGGAACGCGUACCUACAUAACUCGGAGGCAGAUCUCUGAGCCGGAUGAUAGUGCCCCUCAAGAGCCGUCUGAGAGCUGGGAGAUCCUUGGAGCUGAAGAAUUCCAAACAGGACGUCGCAAUAGUAACCGACUCAGAUCCCCGUCACCUCAGGAAGAAUUCCACUCCUUCUGUGACGAGCUCGGAAACAUUCAUCUCUCACGAUCCCCGACUCGAGAUCACUGCAUGUCUCAGGCGAACCACUCAAGUACCUCAAGACAUUCCAGCAUCAGAGAUUUUCAAUCUUCAACUGAAGAGGAACAUCCAGUUAAUCCUGUGUUGCUUCCAACCUCAGCUGGGUUGCCUCCAGGUUGGGAGGAGAAGAGGGACGCUAAAGGCAGACGCUACUACGUCAACCACAACACCCGAACGACUUCAUGGUCAAAACCUGUCAUUCAGAGACCGUCAGAAACAGCAGCAUCAGCAUCAUUAGCACCAACAGCAUCAGCAUCAUUAGCACCAACAGCACCGGCAUCAUUGGCACCACCAUCACCAACAUCCCUAUCAGCAGCGCCAAGAGUACCAUCUGAGAGUGGAGCCCCCCUGUCCCGCAGCCCCACGAUCACAAUACAGCCCUCAGCACCUGAAGACCCGCUUCCUCAUGGGGCUAGCACCAAUGCCACAUUUGAAUCUGGCUCGAUGCCUGCAGGCUGGGAAGUUCGCCACGCUAACAACGGAAGGCUGUUUUUCAUUGAUCAUAACACAAAGACAACCACCUGGGAAGAUCCCAGAUUGAAAGUCCCUGUGCAAGUGAGGAGGAAAUCCUCUACUGACCCAUCUGAUCUUGGCCCUCUACCACCUGGCUGGGAGGAAAGAGUCCACUCAGAUGGGAGAGUCUUUUACAUAGAUCACAACACCAAGAUCACACAGUGGGAUGAUCCCAGGUUACAGAACUCAGCUUUUACUGGACCAGCAGUGCCUUACUCUCGAGAUUACAAGCAAAAGUAUGAGUACUUUCGAAAGAAGCUGAAGAAGCCGACUGAAAUUCCCAACCGCUUUGAGCUGAAGGCGAGACGAAACGCAGUGCUGGAGGACUCCUACCUACGUAUUCUGUCAGUUAAGAAACCAGACCUGCUGAAGGCUCGACUCUGGAUAGAAUUUGAUGGAGAAAAGGGACUUGACUAUGGCGGCCUGGCCAGAGAGUGGUUUUUCCUCAUAUCUAAGGAGAUGUUCAACCCGUACUAUGGACUAUUUGAGUAUUCUGCCACGGACAACUACACACUGCAGAUAAACCCAAACUCAGGUUUAUGCAAUGAAGACCACCUGUCCUACUUCAAGUUCAUCGGUCGUGUAGCUGGCAUGGCUGUGUUUCAUGGUAAACUUCUGGAUGCUUUUUUCAUUCGACCUUUCUACAAAAUGGUGCUUCAGAAACCAAUCACCCUGCAAGACAUGGAGUCUGUUGACAGUGAAUAUUUUAACUCCCUGAAGUGGAUUUUGGAAAAUGACCCAGAAGACUUGGACAUGAGGUUCACCAUCGAUGAAGACCUCUUUGGACAGACCCACCAACAUGAACUGAAGCCAGGUGGUGCAGACAUUGUGGUUACAAAUGAAAACAAGAAGGAAUAUAUUGACAUUGUGAUGCAGUGGAGAUUUGUGCACAGAGUGCAGAAGCAGAUGGCAGCUUUCAAAGAUGGAUUUUUUGAACUGGUACCAGAAGAUCUGAUUAAGAUCUUUGAUGAGAAUGAGCUGGAGUUGCUCAUGUGUGGCCUUGGAGACGUGGACGUAAAUGACUGGAGGCAAAACACCAAAUACAAGAAUGGCUACUGUGCUGAGCACAAAGUUAUCACCUGGUUUUGGAAAACGGUCCUGCUGAUGGAUGCAGAAAAGCGAAUUCGACUCUUGCAGUUUGUGACCGGGACAUCCCGGGUUCCGAUGAAUGGCUUUGCUGAACUCUACGGGUCCAAUGGACCACAGCUGUUCACCAUUGAACAGUGGGGCACAAGGGACAAGCUUCCUAGAGCUCACACAUGCUUCAACAGGCUGGACCUUCCUCCUUAUGAAUCUUUUGAAGAACUCAAGGAGAAACUCAUCAUUGCCAUUGAGAAUGCACAAGGCUUUGAUGGUGUGGAUUAACCCGCAUGCAAAGAGAUUACACUAAAGCCAUCGGACUAAAGUGGGCGGUGUGACACUUGAAGAAAAGUCACACAACCUUCACUUCGGUUUCGUUUUUGGAAAAGCUGCAGAGAUGGAGCUAUUUUUAUCUCGAGCCACAAAAUCUAAAGUUUACAAAUCAGGUAUUUCUUUUUGUUUCACUUCUGAAUGUAAGUCGCUUAAAGAUGUAUUUAAUCUUAUGUUUACUGCUGAAAUGCUUAUUUUUUUAUUUUAUUCUGUGAAUUGAUGCCACAAUAAUAACUGUGAAUAAAUGCUAUACAGAAUAUGUGAGUAAAAUUUAACCACUUCAUACUGUAUGUUGCUAAUUCACAACGUACCAUUAAAUUAAGGACGCACUUAAUUAAUUUUUACCUUGAACGGAAAAAAACACAAAAGAAUAUUUUUUAUUCAAUUGGAAAUAAACGGAGGCAUGAAUGGGGUUAAUCUGUAGGAUGAUUUAUUUGGUUUUGUUUUUAUUCUUUGUUCGAUACCUUUAAGGUAAUUAUUUCACUUCUCCAAGUAAUCCUGAGCUUUUCAUUUUUAAGAAACAUGUUAGGAAAGUAAUAUAAAUAUUUGUUGAUGUAGGAAAAAACGUCAAAAGUAAUUCCCCCUCAUAAGUUUUUCAAUUUUUUCAGAAACGGACUAGAAAAAAACAUUGGAGUGAUGCCUUUUUCAUUUCUGUGAGUGUAUUUACUGUUCCUUGCAGUUUUAUUCCAGCAUAUUAGAGGAAAGUAUAAUAAUACUGUUUUAAAAUGUAUAAACUUUAUUUCUAAAAAUAUAUAUAUAUAUAUUUAUAUGUAAACCCCAAAAGCAGAAAAUAUGAAGGUUACAUACAAAUUUGAGCGACUUCAGUAAAACUAAAUGUACUUUUUGUUUAAAUAAAAUUUGUUUUUUUCUUUGUUUGGGAAGUACCAAUGAAGCAGGACCAUUAUCAGCUUGUCUCCACAUCUGUGUGAAGAGACUUGACUGCAUGCAGUGUUAGGUUAUGCAGAAACAUAUAUGCUUGUACAUAUUGUUAUGAACUGCCUUGGGUUUCACAGACACACAAUGUAUGUAUUGUACAAGUCAUAUCAAAUCUAAAUGUUUAGUAUACUGUAACUUUUUAAAAGUUGUACUUUGACAACUUUCUUGACUCAAAUUUGUUAAUUUUCCAUGCACCAGUGUAGAAUGAAUACCUGUAUAUUCACUUUGUAUUUCCGUGGCAGUUGCAUAAGACUUUUCAUAUAUUGUAAUAAAUUGACCUGAUAGAAUUUGCAUGCAAUAUUAGCAUAAAAACGUUGCCUUUUGUCAAUUCAAAUCAUUUAUUUUUUUAUUAUACUACUCAUCAAGAGUAUUCAAUUGCAGUUUAGUGCUCUAUUUGUAAGAGUGCAACUAUAUCUUUUUUGUUUGUUUUUGUUCUCAAAUUUGUACAGAUUAUUGUUUUAAAGAAUUCUUUGUGGCAUAUUUGUAAGAAAGUACUUAAGCAGUAGAGUUCACAGCUUCUGGAUGGUGAUACAUGUUUACACUAGCUGCCAUGUUUACACAUCUGCUAAAGGGGAAGAGAGGACGGGCUUGUCUCUAUAACAAAAAACACUUUUCUAUGCUUUUAUAAAGUGAUGCACUUUUGCUACUAUUGAUGAGUCUUAUUUCUGAACUGAUUCUUUGUCUGUCAGUCUGUCACAUACAGACUGCUGAUAUUCUAUGCUUCUAAUGUAUGUGAAUGAAUGUUUACACGUGUUCUUCGCUGAAAAUGAGCAUUCUUUUCUUUCACUUCAUUUAAAAAUGAGAUAUAAAGGUCUUUAUUUGUAA